CUCGGAGGCAUCGCGAUCAUAUUGAAACAUGUGUCUACUAGUGAUACAAAGGAAGGCAGGGUUGGUAUAAUGAGGGAUAAAGUAGAAGCGAUGGAAGAGCGAAACGGGGUAGAACGUCCAUUGAAUCUACACCGCGUUCGCAGGAUCGACGACAUCCGACGUCCGGGACACGUGGGUGCGCGCUGCCGACGGUAUGGCCGGCAAGACGUACAUCGACGCCCGGUGCAGGGACGACACCUCGAUGUCGUCCGCGUCGUCCGAAAUGGGGGUCAGCGGCCGGGA